AUGGGCAUCAAGCUCCUCAGAAGGUGGCUAGUGCGCAGCGCUGAGGGAGAUGUUCUAGAGGUCUCUGCAGGCACUGGAAGGAAUCUACCGUACUACAAAUAUGACCAGCUGAAGUCCCUCACCUUGACGGACAGCUCCAAAUACAUGCUGUGGCACGCCAGCCAAAAGUACAGAGACAGACCGGCCACAAAAGGCUCCUCCCUGCCAGUCAGCUUCUUCCUCAGCGAUGCAGAGAAGCUGGCCAGCCCCCAGGCUGCAGCUGCUGUGCCUACCAGUGAUCUGGAAGCAAAGGGACGUCCAUCUGGAGCAGAUAUCGAUGCCAAAGAGUCAGCAUCUGGGCAGCACAGUCAUGUGUCGGGCGUGUUUCCCACCAGGACGCAUGCUUAUGGAGAGAACUGCUUUGAUACAGUGGUUGACACCUUUGGGCUGUGCUCGCACGGGAACCCAGUGCAUGUCCUCAAGGAGAUGGCGCGAGUGUGCAAGCCGGACGGCAGGAUACUUUUACUGGAGCACGGCAAGGCAAAUCCAGAAUGGCUCAACAGGAUUCUGAACGAGGGGGCUCACAAGCAUCUCAUGAAAUGGGGCUGUGAGUGGAAUCGAGACAUAGAGAGCAUUGUGAAGGAGGCUGGACUGGAGAUAGAGUCCAUGUCCAGGUGGCAUUUUGGGACAACCUACCUCAUUGUUGCAAGGCCACCUCCUUUAUGA